CUGGUUGGCCAAAAAGAAGUUUGGUGGUGUGAGGACCAGAGAAUCCCUAUCCCUUCCCAAAAUUAAUGGGCAAAACAAAACAAAACAUGUUUCAUUUUUUAUGUUGGCAUCAAAACAACUACUAACGGUAUUUCAGUUAAGUUACUUUUCCUCCUUCACUCUCCAUCCAAAACCAACCACUCCUACUGCUUCACAUUGUUAUGGCCAUUCAAGCUUUUCAUAGCUCUGCAUGUUACUUCCACUCCCACCUUCUUCACUCUUAUUCCACCACUGCAUAUCCACCAUUCCUUGCUUCAAGGAGGUUCCAAUUAUGCCCUUCAGCAAGAAAACCUCUCAAGUUGAGCUGCAGUUCGAGUGGCAACAAUGGUGACCAAGAUUACCUUCUGGAUGCUCCAGUCUCUGUAGGAGAUGGAUUCUCUUUUAGUGGAGGAAAGUAUUCAGAUGGGCCUAGUCCAAGCGAUGAAUGGUUUAAGCAAGGGAAAAAGGUUAAAGCCUAUUCAAUUCCUGGCACUGGUGAAAAAGCAAAAGAUCCAAUUUUUGGACUUGCUAUGGGUGCUGGGUCUCAAGCUACUGGUGAUCGUUACAGAUGGUUUUGUGUUGAAAGCGGAAGUACUGAUAAUCCUCCAGUGAUACUAAUCCAUGGUUUCCCUUCACAGGCAUAUUCUUAUCGCAAAGUUCUUCCAGUACUCUCCAAGGACUAUCAUGCUAUAGCAUUUGACUGGCUAGGAUUUGGGUUUUCUGAUAAGCCUCAACCAAGAUAUGGGUUUGACUACACACUGGAUGAAUAUGUGUCAUCAUUGCAGUCACUUAUUGAUGAAUUGGCUGUUACAAAAGUCUCACUUGUUGUCCAGGGAUAUUUUUCGCCUGUUGUAGUUAAGUAUGCCAGCAUUCACCAAGAAAAGCUCAGCAACUUAAUACUCCUUAAUCCACCUCUAACAGCCCAACAUGCCAAGCUUCCACCAACAUUGUCCAUUUUCAGCAACUUUCUGCUAGGUGAAAUAUUUUCACAGGAUCCAUUAAGGGCCAGUGACAAAGCUCUAACAAGCUGUGGCCCCUAUAAAAUGAAAGAAGAAGAUGCAAUGGUCUAUAGAAGACCCUAUCUCACAUCUGGUUCCUCAGGCUUUGCACUGAAUGCAAUUAGCAGGAACAUGAAGAAAGACCUCAAGAGAUAUGUGGAAGAUAUGCAUACAAUACUUAAGGACAAAAAUUGGAAAGUUCAAACCACAAUAUGUUGGGGCCAAAGGGACCGCUGGUUGAGCUAUGAUGGAGUGGAGGAUUUCUGCAAGGAUUCCAACCAUAAACUCAUUGAAGUUCCUACGGCCGGCCAUCAUGUGCAGGAAGAUUGUGGUGAGGAAGUUGGACAACUUAUUUGUGGGAUAAUAAGCAAAAGGAACAAGAUAUGAGGAUAUUUUCUCAUUGCGCCUUGAUAUGCUCAAAACUUUUGUUUCAUCGGUUCCUAUCUUUCUUCUUGGUCUCUAUCCUUUCGAUAAAUCUUGAUUCAGUGUCAAUCUUGCUCUGCAGAAAUGUGCUUUUUCAAAAGGUAAAGAAUAUAUUCUAUUGGAAGUGUAUCUUCUUCAAGUCUCUCUUGUCCAAACUUCAUUUGGCAGAGUACUCAAGGAAGAAGAAAAUUUCUUAAAAAGGAUUGUAAAACCUAAAACUUUCCUUUAUAGAAUCGUAGUAAUUUGUUCUCUUUGACACAGUAAAAUUUUAAAGUGAUGUUUCUUCAAAA